UCCACCCCACACCUCUCCAUUCAAAACUUGUCAUCUUCCAUCUACAGAAGACAUUUUCCUCCACCACCUCUCCACACAAUAUCCGUCACCCUCCACAUCUACAGACGACUUUGACUUCCUCCUCCACUGCCCCCUCUCCCUACAAUACACGUUGACAUUGCCCUUCUCCACCAUCCCACACCUUGCCAUACAAUACACAUCACCUUCCAACAGUUUUUCGUAUAAUAUACAUCACCCUCCAUCUGCAGACGAUAUUGGCCUCUUCCACCACCCUACACCUCUCCAUCCAUCUACAGAAGAUAUUGCCUGUCUUCACCACCCCACAAUUCUUUGUACAAUAUACGUCACCUUCCAUCUACAGAAGACAUUGGCCUCCUCCACCACCCCACAAUUCUUUGUACAAUAUAUGUCACCUUCCAUCUACAGAAGACAUUGGCCUCCACCAACCUCACCUCUUCAUACAAUAUACGUCACCUUCCAUCUACAGAAGACAUUGGCCUCCACCACCUCACCUCUUCAUACAAUAUACGUCACCUUCUAUCUACAGAAGACAUUGGCCUCCACCCCGCACCUCUUCAUACAAUAUACAUCACCUUCUAUCUACAGAAGACCUUGGCCUCCACCCCACACCUCUUCAUACAAUAUACGUCACCUUCUAUCUACAGAAGACAUUGGCCUCCUCCCCUCACCUCUUCAUACAAUAUAUGUCACCUUCUAUCUACAGAAGACAUUGGCCUCCACCCCACACCUCUUCAUACAAUAUAUGUCACCUUCUAUAUCUACAGAAGACAUUGGCCUCCACCCCACACCUCUUCAUACAAUAUAUGUCCCCUUCUAUCUACAGAAGACAUUGGCCUCCCCCCCACACCUCUUCAUACAAUAUACGUCACCUUCUAUCUACAGAAGACAUUGGCCUCCACCCCACACCUCUUCAUACAAUAUAUGUCACCUUCUAUCUACAGAAGACAUUGGCCUCCACCCCACACCUCUUCAUACAAUAUAUGUCACCUUCUAUAUCUACAGAAGACAUUGGCCUCCACCCCACACCUCUUCAUACAAUAUAUGUCACCUUCUAUCUACAGAAGACAUUGGCCUCCACCCCACACCUCUUCAUACAAUAUAUGUUACCUUCUAUAUCUACAGAAGACAUUGGCCUCCACCCCACACCUCUUCAUACAAUAUAUGUCCCCUUCUAUCUACAGAAGACAUUGGCCUCCCCCCCACACCUCUUCAUACAAUAUAUGUCACCUUCUAUCUACAGAAGACAUUGGCCUCCACCACCUCCCCCUUCUCCUAAUGUAUCUGCAAUGUGCCUUUAACUUGAUCCUCGUCCCAAGCCGCCACUCCCUCCCUUCAGUUUGGUGAUAUCUAUUGAGAUUUGUCUACGUCUAGUAGAGUGGACCGUGCUUACGAGUGUUUUGUCUUUCCUUGAAUGUCCGAGCACUUCUGUUUACUUGAUUAUUGUCCGGCGUACAACCUGUCACUGACUUGGAUCAAUAAAUGGGCCCCAUGGGCAUAAACGAGCAAU